AUGUCUUCUGAUAUUUGUAUUUGUUGCAUUUGCAACAGCAAAUUUGAAGAUGGUGAUAUAAAAACAACCGUUGGUCCACGUGGUAUGGAGAAUUUUAUUUCGUGCAGUUUGGAACGUGGUGAUGGUAAACAUGUUAUUUGGAAAAAUGAAAAUAAAUUAAUCAUUCACGAAGAGUGCCGUGUAUCAUACAUUAGCAAAGAACGAGUAGCAGUAACCAAAAAACGUAAAUUAUCUACUGAACCUACAAUAAAUGAACUCUCAACUGAUUUUGAUUAUAAGAACUGUUGCGUAAUUUGUGCAUUACCGUGCAGUGAAAAGUUAGAAAAUAAAAAACCGAAAAAACAUCGUCGCAAGAUUCAUAUUAUUAUGGAAAACUCUACAUUUAAAAAUAGAAUACUGGAACAAUGUAAAAAGUGUACAAAUGAAUCAGUUAAUGCAGUUGUUAAACGUUUGAAUGAUGUUGAUAAUUUAUUUUCUGUGGGUGCUACGUAUCAUAAUAAUUGUGAUGUUAACUUUUUGAGCAAGCUUGUUUCAGUAAAAUCAUCUGUAAAUAUUAGAAAUACUCAAUAUGACAAACAGUUCGAAAAAUUAUUUACGUUUUUGGAAAAUUCCGAAGAACCUCAAUGGACUUUAGAUGAAAUCAUCAAUGUUUUGGGUGAACCAGCUCCAAACCGAAAGUAUGUUAAAAAUGUAUUGAGUGAGAGGUAUGAAGACAAAAUCAUUUUCAGUUCUAAUGGUAGGAAUAGAACUAUUGUCACUUUGAAAGGUUUUGCGGAGGAUUUAAUUUUGGAUUACUUCAGAAAUAACAUUUCAGCUGAAAACGAAAAGGAAAAGAAAUCGAACAUUUUAAAAUUAGCGGCAAGAUAUAUACGAGAAGACAUACGUGGAAUGGGUAUGGAGACCGAGUAUUAUCCUCCAUCUAAUGGCUUUUUUGGUAAUGAUAAUAUUAAUGAUGUUGUACCUGAAAGCUUGACAUCAUUUUUAUCAGACAUUAUUUUACCUCAAAAAAAAAAUGUAGAAUCAUAUAAAAAAAAAAUCACUGCCAUUAGUCACUCAAUAAUUGCUGCUGUAAGACCUAUAUCUUUUAUUUCUUCUUUACAACUAGCACUUUCAAUUUAUAUUCAUUCUAAAUAUCAAUCCAAAUUAUUAAUAAACAUGCUUAAUCGGUUGGGAAUGUGUGCAUCAUAUGAUGAAACAUUAGGAUUGAGUAAGCUUGAAAUAAAGGAUGUACGUGCGUUGCGAUCUUUGCGAACUGAAAAAACUAUUUUAUUACCUGGAGAAUUAUUGUGGGUAACAGGUCAUUCACUCAGAAUACCAGAACAUCCCGGCUGGAACGGCUUCAUGGAACUUCGGACCAAUUCGACUUUGUAUUCUGUCAGCAAAAUUAAUGAGCAACACAAAGAUUUACGUGAGUCAACAGUGUUGAGAGAUCUUUAUGAUUUAAGAAUAAUGCGAAAAUGGUUUGAAGAACAUUGUCCAUUCAUUACAAGCAAUCAAAUAGUAUCUUUAUCAACAGGAGUAACUGGUGGAUCAGACGUGAACUGUUACAAUGCCGAAUAUUUUGGUCUACAGUCGUACAAAAAACUUAUUCCAACUUUUUCAACUGGGCCAGACGGAAAUGUUGCGGUGAUCGAACAAUUUUUUGGUUCUGUUAAAUUCAGCCAGGAAUCACAAAUAAUACCAUUAUCCGUGUCUAAUGGAUCCAUAAUAAUUGGGCAAAGUAAAUUUCCAAUAGAUGAAAAAAUUUUGUUUACCAGAUUUGAAAAAUCCGAUCCAGAUCCCAAAUAUUAUCCAAAGUAUUUUGAAUAUGAAUUAUGCCCAUAUCCUUUAUCGAUAUUUGAUACUCCCAACAGCAUUCGAGCAUCAAAAGAUGAUUUCUUUACUCUGUUUACAAAAACUGAUAAACCCAAUAUCGGAACAUUCGCGAUUGUUGAUGGUGAAACACUUUUGACACAAGUAUCUUGGACAACAAAUAGCACGUAUAUGAGUGUAUACGAACAGUAUGUAAAUUAUCUGAAAAAUAAUUAUGGUAAUCAGUGUAUGAUCGUAUUUGAUUCGAUGACGGAUGAUUUUAAUUCAAUUAAAGUAUCAGCGAAAUUGAUAACAACAUCUGCAACAUCAGUCGCGACAGAAGUUUACUUCGAUGAAACUAAAUUCACAACAAAAAAACGCGACAUUUUGUUUCAGAAUCAUAAAAAUAAAUGUCGAUUCAUUGUACAACUAGCGGAUGUAUUGCGUAGUUAUGGAAUUUUGGUGAAAUUAACUCAGCCGCAUGAAGAUUUUAACCACGUCAUUGCUAAUGAAGCGAUGAUUCAAUGGCGCGAGAAUCGUCCCCCCGUAAUUGUUAGUCAUAAUGUCGACAUAUUAUGUUUACUGGUUGCUUUUGUCCACAAACCACAAAAUAUGUUCUUCAACAUUCCUGGUAAAGCAUGGUACGAUACGGAGAAAAAUCAGCAACAAUUUCAAAUGUUGUCGCCAUAUUUGCAUGUUAUUCGAGCAUUAACCGGCACCGAUGUGACAUCUUGUUUUUUUAACGUGUCAAAAAAAAUCGUCAUGAAACAUUUAUUGAAAAAUCAAGAAGAAGUCCGUGAAUUGUUACGAGUUUUUGAUUCUCCACAUUCAGCAAAUAACAUUCCACACUUAAUCGAGAGAGGAGAACAACUGAUAAUGCGGUUCUACAAUGUACAAGGAAAGAAUUUGAAUGACGUUCGAUGUCAAAAAUAUUCAAGCAACUUGAAAAAUCGUCGAAAAACAAGCUUUAAUUUAGCAUCGUUACCUCCAACAUCAGCAGCUGCAAGUCACCAUAUAUAUCGAGCUUAUUGGUUAGUACAACGUUGGCAAAAUAACAUAAUGCCCUCUUUGCUAUGGGGCUGGAUUAUUGCCCAUCAAACGUUAGUUGUACCGAUUGCAACAACUUUAACACCAGUACCAGAAGAAUUACUUAAUUUGAUAGUCUGUUCGUGUAAAAAAGGUUGCAAAUCGAAAACAUGUUCGUGUCGAAAAUCAGGCCUCAUGUGCUCGGAUCUAUGUAAAGAAUGCAAUGAUUCAUGUGUAAAUAAACCGCAAAUCCUGCAAGAUUGGCAACUAACGGGUUAUGAUGACACGUAUGAUGAAAUAUCAUUACCUAAGUCAUUUGCUUUUUUCUUGAAUCGAUCCUCGAAGCAUUGGACGUGUGCCCCAACAGAUUAUAUUGGCUCUUCUGAACUUUACAUGGAAUUCAAUUUGAAAAUAUCAACAAAAGACAACCGCACCGUUUUUCUUCAUCCUUCUGGGUUCCCGAUCUAG